CACGAGAGCGGCCCGUGUUCGUUCCAGCUGACUCUUGCAGCGCCGCACUCGGUUGCUUCCUCGCUGGCAGGCUACAGAAAGGCAGGAAAAGAGAGAGAGUGAUGGAGUGAAGAUAGAAGACAAAAAUAACGAGAGGAAAAAGGGAGAGGGAGCGACUUAGGGAGGAGAGGAAAAAGCAAGAAACAUCAACAUCUAUCCUAGCCUACUCAUGCUGCUGGAUAUUAUUUGACGAAGCCUUUUUUCCUUAUAAUUUUCUCCCCCAAUUUAUUUCCAACUUUAUUGCCCUAUUGGAUUUCUGGAGUGUGUGACUUUCUGUAGGCCUACAUCUUAAAUGCUGCUGUACAUUAUUGCUCCGUAAUCCAUUUUACUCCAUGGACAAACCUAAUUUUCAUUUGUUUAAAUUUUUUCGGAGAAUAAUUUUGUCCUGGGCAAGAGGAAAAUCAACUCGGUGGGAUGCCUGUUAGCCUCAGAUAAACGGACGUAAUCAGGCAAUGCAUUUCUGCGAAAUCUAGGAACUGUAGCUUCUACAGUUCAACUUUGUUUAUCUCACAAGCAGGCUGGGAUAAGAGAUUUAGGCAAGUCUUAAAGGGCCCUUGCAUUUCGCAAGAUUGUCGAAUAGAACACUUUAAAUGAACAUGAACAUUUCUUUGAGGACAUCAUUUUUACUUUUGAUUUCUUCAUGGAAAGUUGGAAGACCAAAAGCAAUAAUUUAUCGUUGAUGUCAAAUUAUAUUUGUAUAAUGUGUAUUUCACCAUCAUUCUCUAAUAUUUUCUUAAUUCAUAUAUAAAUAGCCUGUCGAUGUUGAAUGAAGAAAAAUAACAAUCGGUCUAGUGUGUAUUCAGCUGCCAUCCUGACGACCUUUUUUAUACGUCACGUCACAGUGUUGUGAACCCGCUGUCAGUCAGUCAAUCAUUUGUGGAUUAAUCGGAUAACUUCCGCGCUCAUUCCACUGUGGAAAUCGACGGCCGUCAACAUGUCUAGGCCGCUCGCACAGCUCCUAACGCCGGACCUCCCGGCCGGAGCAAACCCACUAUUCGGUACUGGUAACGUCGCGGCCAGCGUUCCGAGCAGCGGACAUUUGAACACUAUGGCUAGCCUCAAGUCUCUCCUGCAGCUACCCAUCAAGGUUGACCAGCGAGCGAAAGACUGCUGUGAAAUGAAAGACAAAGAUAAGCCACAGGAUGAGGCGGAGGACUCCGUGGGUGGUGGUCUGGGUGGUCGGCUUCCCCAGUCGGCCUUCCUGGGACCCCUGCUGUGGGAGCGCACCCUGCCCUGUGGUGACGGAGGCCCCUUCCAGCUGCAGUACAUGGACCUGGAGGAGUUCCUGACUGAGAACGGCAUGGCCAUGCACGGCAAUGGCGGCAACAGCGCCAGCGCCCAGGUGCCCUCCCAGAGUUCCGUACAGUCAGCCGUGCCCAACCAGAGCUCUCAGUGCCCACCGUCCUCCCCUCCACCAUGCUCUUCUUCAUCUUCUUCCAUGUCCUCCUCAUCUUCCUCCUCCUCGCUGCUGGGCCUGGACAAUGUGGCACCACCGCAGGGACCGCCAGGCAUCAUGGGAGGGCCUGAGUGCCCACAUGGUGGCCAGGCCAUGCCUCCUGACCUCUCACCCUCCUCCACCACCUCCUCCUGUCCCCCUGGGCCACCAGGAGCCCUGCCAGCCGCCCUUCCAGCAGCCAACGGCACGGCUGACGUCAUGGUGAACUUUGACCCGGACCCGGCAGACGUGGCGCUGUCCAGCGUGCCAGGACAGGAGGCUUUCGACCCCCGGAGGCACCGUUUCUCCGAUGAGGAACUCAAGCCACAACCCAUGAUUAAGAAGGCCCGCAAGAUGCUGGUGCCAGAUGAGCAGAAGGACGACAAGUACUGGAGCCGCCGCUACAAGAACAACGAGGCGGCCAAGCGCUCUCGUGACGCCCGGCGCCUCAAGGAGAACCAGAUCACGGUGCGCGCCGCCUUCCUGGAGCGGGAGAACCAGGCUCUCAGACAGGAAGUGUCAGACAUGCGCAAGGAACUGGGCCGCUGUCGCAACAUCCUUAACAAAUACGAGAGCCGACACGGAGACUUGUGAGGAAGAGGAGGAUGAGAAGCUGGAGGAGGGAGGAGAGGGGUAGAAGGCAACCCCAACAUUGGCAGCACUUUGGUUAAUGCGGUGCGCGUGUGGCCAGCUUAGACCGGACGUAAGCCGCGCAUGACACCUGGCUCAAGCAUCCGUGUUUUGGUAGUAGUGUCGACCGCCAGCGGCCAUUUUGUGUCUCCCUGCUUCACUGGGUGUUUUUACCAGGUGUCAUGCUGCGUUUUUGCGGGUAGUGCGUAGGCCAUACACUCACCCAGUCAAAUGGGCUGUUCAAACCAUACAGACGAGGAAGCUAAAGACCAGGAAACAAGCCAGGGGAGGACAGAGGUGUAAUUUUUUUCUAUGACAAACAUGUAUAUUUUUGAACUGUACUAGUCAGGGAGGCAUGGGCAAACUAGAAAACCAAGGUCGAGAUGAAGGGGAGAGGUGGGCAGCAGCCAAAUUGAAACUUCAAAAUAGGAAAACUGUAUAUUUUUAUAUAUUUGCAAAGACAGACAGACAGUUGAGAGGAGAUUUUGGAAAAUAAUCUUUUGUAUAUUUUAUACAUAGGUGAAUUUAGUAGAGAGAUCGAUAUGGUGUUUUAACAACCGGUGUUGCUAAAUGGUAUAUUUUGAACUUAAAAGCUGUUAAAAUGGAGGGGUUAGAGGUCAGAGGUCGUAAUGGCGAAUGUAUAAUGGUUGUAUCCAGGGAUAACAUGACAGAGAGAGAGCGGAGACCUAUCUUAUAAAUGAUUGUGGACAUAAGCAGUUCCAAGAUGAAACAGACAUUGUAUAGUUUUAAUUUUGUCGUUGUGUGUUUGUUCAAGCACUUAAUUUGUUAUCUUCUCUUUGAUUCCUUUUUCUUGAAUUCAAUCUUUUUAGUUAUGCGUCUGGUAUUGAGGGAGAGAGAGAGAAGAUCAGUGGAGAUGUACAGUCAGUGAUCAAACAAGAAAACAGCUGCAUCCGCACAUAUGUUUUCUAUUGAAUAUUUCUGAAAACAUGUUGCCGGGUGUUCAUGCAGCUAGGUGCAUAUGUUUGGCUCAGACACACACACACUCACUCAGACACACACACACACACACACUCACACACACACACCGCAUACAAACACGACUAGCCACACAGUCAAAUAAGCUGGACCAGUGACUACACACACAAUACUCUCUUAUUCAGUCCUGAAUGCAAGCUGGACCAGUGACUACACACACAAUACUCUCUUAUUCAGUCCUGAAUGCAAGCUGGACCAGUGACUACACACACAAUACUCUCUUAUUCAGUCCUGAAUGCAAGCUGGACCAGUGACUACACACACAAUACUCUCUUAUUCAGUCCUGAAUGCAAGCUGGACCAGUGACUACACACACAAUACUCUCUUAUUCAGUCCUGAAUGCAAGCUGGACCAGUGACUACACACACAAUACUCUCUUAUUCAGUCCUGAAUGCAAGCUGGACCUUGAAACAAACAGACAGUGCAGUGCAUGAUAACAAGCAGUCCAGACAAAUAUAAUGUCAUAUAGCAUAAUGCCCAGAAUCUCUCUCUUUCCCUCUCUCUUCCAUUUUGAAUUAUUAAAACCAAAUUCAACUGGUUUAGAAUUGAUCGCCCAGGUUAAGUUGGCAGUGUUUAGCAUGAACCUGGACACACCGACACCUAACAUGUGGUUUUUAUUAUAUAGACAAUCUUUAGUGCACAUUCUGUCCCUCCACCUGAACAUACGCACAUCCCGACACAGUAACAGAAUUGCCUUUUUAUUUGGAUGAAUUACUUCUUUAUUUUGUAUUUCAUAAUGUAAGAGAAAAUCGUGUAUAUAUAGAUGGAAACACGAUAAGGUAUCUGUAUACCUCUCCUAAAGAACUUCACCCAAUUAAAUUAUCCACCCUAAUGUACCAUACACAAGUAAUAUUAAAUAUUACAGCUUUUCUCCCACUAGAUAUACUGUAUGUGUAUAUGAUAUAUGCGUGAACAUGUGACUAUAGAUGUAAUAAUAUACAUAACUUAUAUAUAUAUAUAUAUAUAUAUAUAUAUAUAUAUAUGAACUAAUUGGAAUCAUUGUCAAUUCAUCAGGUGUCCUGGGAGUACAAAAAUAAUUAUUAUUACGAAAAAUCUUAACCUUGAUUACUGAAGUUCAGAUUUUUACAUAUUUGUAAUUUUGGAGCUUGCCCAUUUGGCAGUACAAUUCAGUGAAAGUCUACCGAAUCGUACUGCGCACUACCAACUCACCUUGGGAGGUUCUAAUGAAACCAGUUCUGGAUUUGAAGGUCUUUCGUCAUUUUAGACAGGAUUAAAAUGUUAUUUUGUAUUCUUCCUACUAUUACAGAUAUGAUUGCUAGUAUUAUCAUUGUGGUUGUGGUUGUUGAUGCUGUUGUCAUUAUUACUACUCUUAUAUUUCUUUUCCUUGCUACAACUUUUCAGAGGGAAUGCAGUUCUCUCCCUUGUUAACUAUUGGCACCAUUCAGCGACACUGUACCAAGCCCCAGGUGCACUGUUGGGGCUGUAGUCUGUCCUUGUGUGUUGGAAUUUAUCAAAAGCUGAAACAACCACUAAAUAUGGACUUGAAACCCUGGAAGUAUUUGAACUACACCUCCCAGCAGCAGGCUUCUAAUGCCGGCCAUCUUUUGAUACCUGGGACUUGUUUGCAGAAGCUUAUGAACUCUUGACAGUGCUAUUUUUCUAUGUGUCUGUGUAAGCGUACUUCAACUUUUUUGUGGGCAUUUUGUAGCUCAUCCUCACAAUGAUGGUAUGCUACUAAACGGCAUUGCGGGUAAUGUAGGCCUUCACAGCCUAGUUUUCCUUCUACAUGUGGAUUAUAAACUUCUCCCUGUUGUGACUGUUAUAAAUAAACUACUCCCAUGAGCGCACCACUACCCAAUUGCACCAGUAAUGUCUACUGUUCCUGCCUAUCGGGAAAAUAGGGAAUGUCGUCUGGCUUUUCCGAAAAAACACCAAUAAAGGCUCAUUCUUACUCACUGAGAAA